AUGACUAUCAGCUACGACUACCCGUCACGGGUUCCUGCCACCACUUCAAUGGCGACCCUCGAAGACAGAUUCGAAGUCAUCAAGGAGGUCGGUGAUGGAAGCUUUGGCAGUGUCGCAGUUGCUCGUGUACGGACAGCCGGCUCCAAUGUUGCCAGGAGAGGUACUAUGGUUGCAAUCAAGACUAUGAAAAAGACCUUCGACUCUUUGGCCCCUUGCUUAGAGCUGCGUGAGGUCAUUUUCCUACGGACUCUACCCGCCCAUCCCCACCUUGUCCCAGCCCUCGACAUCUUCCUUGAUCCACUCUCCCGAAAACUCCAUAUCUGCAUGGAAUAUAUGGAUGGCAACCUCUACCAACUAAUGAAGUCCCGAGACCAUAAAUACUUGGAGGGCAAACACGUGAAGAGUAUCCUCUACCAAAUCCUGUCGGGUCUGGACCACAUCCAUGCUCACCACUUCUUCCACCGCGACAUCAAACCCGAGAAUAUCCUGGUAUCAACAUCUGCUCCGAACGACUCAGCGUUCAGCCGCUAUUCAAAUCUUGUCACUCCCCCUUCCACUCCUCCAACUUACACGGUGAAGAUUGCCGAUUUUGGCCUUGCACGCGAAACUCAUUCGAAAUCGCCAUACACGACAUAUGUCUCAACCAGGUGGUACCGCGCCCCUGAGGUUCUCCUGCGUGCGGGAGAAUACUCUGCGCCUGUAGAUAUGUGGGCUGUUGGUGCCAUGGCAGUUGAAAUCGCGACCCUGAAGCCGUUGUUCCCUGGUGGCAACGAGGUUGACCAGGUCUGGCGCAUAUGUGAGAUAAUGGGCAGUCCUGGCAACUGGUACAGCAAGUCAGGCACCAAGCUGGGUGGUGGUGAGUGGAGGGAAGGCUCUCGCUUGGCUCAGAAGCUAGGGUUCACAUUUCCAAAGGUACGGAGAUUCGUCUUGGUCACGGAGCUCGAGAGAAUUGCUAACGUCGGUCGAACAGAUGGCGCCUCAUUCUAUGGAGAGCAUCCUGCAGCCUCCUCACUGGCCUGCAUCUUUGAGCCAUUUCGUGACUUGGUGCCUGAUGCAUUGAAUCACGAGUACUUCGCAGAUGCUGUGGAUCCUUUGCGGCCAAAAUCUUCCACCUCGCGGCUGCUUGGCCGCAAACAGUCGGAUAGGAGCUUCAGAUCUCCCACUCCUCAGUCGAGCGACUCCCCCAGCGUGUCAUCAAAGCCUUCAUGGUUUAGAAGAUCGCUGAUUGGAAGAUCGGAAAGCCCAGCCCCAGCUUUAGAAACUGACCAGGCUGUCCGACCGUCUGUUGUGUCGUACAACACUACACCCGAUCUGCAAGCCAACAAGACCAGACCUGCUGCCGCUAAGCGCGCCACGUGGGCCAAUGGGGCUCCUAUGCCUAUCCUCCCUUCAAUCCGACCAGUCUCUCCCUUGUCUAAUGCAGUUACAGCUCAGGCGAGCUCGACUCUUGCUCAUGGUGGGGAUAAUGCCCAGUCCGGUGCUGCAAAAGCGAGCAAGAAGAUUGGCCGACAACUGUCUCUGAACUCCCACGGUAAUCACUAUGCCGAUGUUCACAGGCAAGAGGCAGAGCGAACGCUCAACGGAGCCGGGACUACGAACGCUACACUCAACCAGAAAGAGAGCUUCUUCUCUCACCUCCGCAAGAGGGCUCGCCGACUCUCCGGUCGCAACCAGGCCAAUCUGGCGACCGAUGAUAUCGAAGCCAACGCUGGCUGUAUGCCGUGGUCAAACCGUUCUUCGCUCGCUUUGGACUCUGUGAAUGCGGGAGAUGCGAAGCAGAAUUCCGACUUGAACGACUUGGACAGGGCUUUGCAGAAUGUCAAGUACUCGCUGGACUCGGCCGCUCUCGGAAACGUCCCUGUCCAAAUCACUUCGACGGGGGACGUCAGUAAGCGACAGUCCAUGCCCCAGGGAUCCAUUCGGGCAAUGACAGACAGCCCAGUCUCAACUAGUGGCACUCCCGGACCGAUCUCGAGCCGGACAAGACGUGCGCUUCAGAUGUCUUCUCAUCCGGUUCACCGGUAUGAAACCCCUGAAGAAGAGGACGAGCUCUUGGAUGAGGUGUUGCAUUCGGCAAGCAAGGCGGCUAGACGUUUGGCACAAGGCGAAACAUUGUCGGAUGCUUCCUCCAACUACAGUCGCCAAGCUCCGGGAAAUGACGGCUCCCGUCCCUUGCCCAGCCCCUAUCCCACUCCAUCACCGUCGGCAAAGUGUGAUGGUGUCUCGUUUGGUCAGCAAGACUCAACUCCAUGCAGACGAGACGAGAAGAUCGACCAUGCCAGUUCCAAUCGCCAAUGGCCCACCCCGCCUUACGAGGAGCGGGACUGGAUGAACACGACAUCGUCCAAUUUCUGA